AAAGGUUUGACCGCCAACGACACACGCUCCAUUCGCCCGAAAACUUCCCGGCUGAAAGGCUGAAAGGGAAAAGCUUCUCUCAACGUAACCGACAGCAACAGAUCCGACAACGACUCCGGCCCCGGACACACGAAGCUCGUCAGAGGAAAUCAUGGAACAAAUCAGGCUGCCAGAAGCCAAAGAAGCAGCGACAGGCGGCAAAACAAAUUUAGUGUAACAAUAGCUACUGCCGACGACGCAACACGGAGUCCGGAUUCCGGAAAAGUGAGAGGCCUCCAAAACGUACGUAUACGCCUCCGGGGAGGCUGUGUGAAAGUCUGAGCAUAUGCCUGUGUGUACCAGCUCUCCUUAAAUUAUAAAUAAGCAAAGAGCAAAUGCCGCGUGGAUAAAAUUAAACUUCAUUGCGGCCUCUUUAAGAGGUGUGAACCGAACUGAUUCGCUGCUGGAAGACCGGACAGGAAUUUAAGUGUACGGAAGGACAGUAAAAUAAAGAAAAGUUUUGCGAAACCAAUUUGGACGAUAGACAGGACGACAGGUCCUAAGUGACUGCCGGCCUCACCAUGUACGGAAUGCUGUACGAAAGCGUGCAGCACUACAUCCAGCAGGAGUACGGGAUGGACACCUGGAAGAAGAUCUGCCAGAUUGUCGAUUGCAAGCACCAGAGCUUCAAGACCCACCAGAUCUACCCGGACAAGCUGAUGCCGGAUUUUGCCGCCGCUUUGUCCGCCUGUACCGGAGAGUCCUUCGACUUCUGCAUGAACUUCUUUGGGAAGUGCUUCGUGCGUUUCUUCAGCAACUUCGGAUACGACAAGAUGAUCCGCUCCACGGGAAGGUACUUCUGCGACUUCCUGCAGUCCAUCGACAACAUCCACGUGCAGAUGCGGUUCACCUACCCUAAGAUGAAGUCGCCCAGCAUGCAGCUGACCAAUGUGGACGACAACGGGGCCGUCAUCCUCUACCGGAGCGGGCGGACGGGCAUGUCCAAGUACCUGAUCGGCCAGAUGACGGAGGUGGCCAAGGAGUUCUACGGCCUGGACAUGACUGCGUACGUGCUGGAGAGCCAGAACGACAUCUGCGGUGGAACGGCGGGUCCCAUCAAGCUCACGGAUGGCCCGCUGACGGUCAUCGUCAAGUACCGACUGGACUUCGACAACCGGGACUACAUGAGCAAGCGCGUAAAUGUCAUCGCCCAUCCGUCUCAGCUAAAGAUGCCCUCAGUGGACCUGAAUGUGUUUCUGGAGCUGUUCCCGUUCACUAUAGUGCUGGACCAUGACAUGCGCAUCACUCUCGCCGGUGAGAAAAUCAUUGAGACCUGGAUUCUUCACAACCCGGGCGUGAAUCCAAAGAGUUUUAUUGGUAGCCACAUCUUGGAGCGGUUUAAGUGUCGGCGGCCAAAAGAUACACUGAUCGAAUGGGAAACUAUUCUGCAGAUGCGUACUGUUCUCUUCGAGUUCGAGCUCAUCCGAACAGGACACAACCGAGCCGCCUACGACGCCGCUCUUAACAUCGACUUUGAUAAUUUCGACGAGGCCAGCCUCAACGAGGCCCAGUCCAUGGCUCUGGCCAGUGCCCAGGAGCUCAGUGCCGAGAACGCCAAGGACGAUGCCGUGGCUGGGACGUCUAAAUCAAAGGAGGAGAUUGAUCCAGCCACGGGACAGCGCCGCCACUCAGUCGGUCUCAGGUCCAUUCUUCUGAAGGGCCAGAUGUUCUACAUCAAGGACGUGGACUCUCUGAUCUUCCUCUGCAGUCCGUUGAUCGAAAAUCUGGAUGAGCUUCAUGGGAUUGGACUGUACCUCAACGAUCUCAAUCCGCACGGUCUCAGUCGGGAGCUGGUCAUGGCCGGGUGGCAGCACUGCUCCAAGCUGGAGAUCAUGUUCGAGAAGGAGGAGCAGCGCUCGGACGAGCUGGAAAAGUCGCUGGAGCUGGCCGACUCGUGGAAACGACAGGGCGACGAGCUGCUCUACUCCAUGAUCCCCCGUCCCAUUGCCGAGCAGAUGAGAAAGAGCGAGGAGCACGUAUGCCAGAGCUUCGAGGAGGUGUCCGUCAUCUUCAUCGAGGUUUUGAACGUCUACGACAGCAGCUCCAACAACAUCCAAGACGCCAUGCAGGCGGUGACCACCUUGAACAAGGUAUUCUCCGCCCUGGACGAGGAGAUCAUCUCUCCGUUCGUCUACAAAGUGGAAACAGUGGGCAUGGUCUACAUGGCUGUAUCAGGCGCUCCGGAUGUGAAUCCCCUCCACGCAGAGCACGCCUGUGACCUGGCUCUACGUGUAAUGAAGAAAGUGAAAGCCCAUGCACUGCCUGGCGUGGCUAUCCGAGUCGGCAUCAACUCAGGUCCAGUGGUUGCCGGGGUGGUGGGCCUUAAAGUGCCCCGGUAUUGUCUUUUCGGCGACACGGUCAACACCGCUUCGCGUAUGGAGAGCAGCAGCGAUCCCUGGAAGAUCCAGCUCUCCAACUACACUGCCCUCAAGGUGCAAAAGGUCGGGUACAAGGUCGAAGCUCGUGGGUUUGUCAAGGUCAAGGGCAAAGGAGAGAUGGAGACCUAUUGGCUUCUGGAAGGACCAGAAUAAAUUUGAAUCGUUUCGUCAGCAAGUCUGUCGUAAUCCAGGGCACAUACUUUUCUAAAUAUUUGAAAUAGUUCAGAAAUAAGCUCCUAAGGUACAAGUAUUACAAAAAAAGUUAGUUUUUUUAUAAUAAACAGUUAAAUAAAAGUGGUUUUCGUGGAUGAAACUUUACUUAAGAUUUCAA